AUGGCCGGAAUACUAUCCACGCAGUCUCUUUACAGACUAUCGCUGUAUCACCUCGGCUCACCCGACGCUGCAUACCUGGCGGCAUUGUUCUCCCUGCUACCGAGCAGUCCCGCCGCUCUUCUCUUUGCGCCGUACACUGAGCCAUACUUCGCUCUCUUCACAUAUCAAGGCAUGACGGAGUGUGCACGCAGGAGAUAUAUUCCCGCCGCGCUGUAUUUCGCGUUGGCGACAGCCUUUCGCUCGAAUGGUGUUUUGAAUGCUGGGUUCAUACUAUGGGAUUUAGUAGCGCGUGACAUCAUCAUGGAUAUGCGUUGGCCACCACUCAGUCGAGUGCUACAAGCCUCCAUACUCAGCUCUCUGGUCUUCGCGCCUUUCAUCGCACACCAGUAUAACGCGUACCUCAUCUUCUGCGGUGAUGGGCCUCUGCACGACUCCCGUCCUCCGUGGUGCUCGGAUACGAUCCCAUCGAUAUACGGACACGUCCAAGUCAAGUAUUGGAACAACGGUUUUUUGCGAUAUUGGACUCUGGGCCAGGCGCCGAAUAUCGCACUUGCUGUGCCUGUCCUCACAGUCGUCCUGUCUUUCUGCGCCUUUCACCUGUGGAAUGGCGUGCUGCUGCCAUACCUAAAGCUGGAUCAGCCGUCAACAGAACAAGAACCGGAGGGCCGAUCGAUCUUUCUUCGUACCUCUCUCGUGCCACAUACGAUCCACGCUGUCAUCCUCGGCAUGGUGCUCCUCCUCGCUUCGAACACUCAAAUCGCACUGCGCGCAACUUCUGCUAUGCCGACGACGUAUUGGGCAGGAGCUUGGCUGCUCCUUGAGAGACCGCGGGCUGGACGGGCAUGGGUGCGCUGGAGUAUGAUAUGGGGUAUGUUGAGCAUUGCAUUGUGGACGGCAUUCUUGCCUCCGGCAUAG